AUUGCGGCAUUUUUUAACAUAAUGCGCUUUAAACAACUCUGCGCUGAGGUUCCCUGGUAAAAAUGAGUUAAUUUAGCAUUACAGUUAAAUACGUGCUGUCAGUGAAAAUAAUGAGUAAAGCAAGGGAAGAAGAAUUAGCAGAUUAUCAAAUGGAGGAAGAGCUUGGAGAAUAUGAUUUUGACAAUAAUGAAGAAGGAGCUGAAUAUGCCAGUAACGAAGAACAGGAAGAAUAUGAUGAUACGGAAGAAAAUGAUAAUACUGAAGAAAAUGAUAAUACUGAAGAAAAUGAUGGGAAUGAAGAUAAUAAUGAGGAAUAUGAUGAUGAUGACAAUGUAGAAAAUAAGGAAGAUGAUGAUGAAGAGAAUGAAUGUAUUGCAACGAGUUUAUUUGACGCCUUAGCAGCGGCUCAGGAGGCCAGUGAGAGAUAUCUGAUGACUGAAGCAGAACCCCCAAGAGAAGAUCAUAGACUUGAUGACGCAUUUCUUCUUCGAUCCUACGCAACCUGCUUGUGCGUAGACUGGCGUAAGAAAGAUAAAGAACAAGAUUUAGAAAACGAGUUCAAAUAUCGAGCCGGAUAUCUAUGUGAGGCGGUGUGGCCGGGAGACGGAGAAUGGUAUCCGGCCAAAGUUAUCAGGGUGAAAGUAUGGAAGCGAAGUGUGAUAGUUAGAUACAGAGGAUUCACAAAGGAGGAGGAGGAGGAGGUGGAGGAGAAGAAUAUUAGACCAAGAAUCAGGAAGCGAAGUAAAACUAAACGAAGAUCUGGAAAGAAGAAAAGAAAAAUAGAACCCUUGAACCUGGAAGGAAUUAACAGAGUUUUCGCAUCGGAGAAAUAGUCCCAGGAUAAGUUAUUAUUAAAUAUGUUAUUUCAGGCAACAUUGGUUGGGAAAAUUCAUUCAGAGUGACCUAUGCUUAGACAAUUAAGUUAUUUUU